UUGAGAGGGCUGCUUUACACGAAGUCCAUGAUUGGGAUUUGCACGUCACUUUUGGACCAAUAGGGCCACCGUUCCAGAUGACUCUCCCAUUUUUUUCCUCUAUUCUGACCGUAAAACGGCGAGCCAAGUACAGAAAUUGUAUAGCCAGAUCAAGAACCCAGCCAAGAUAUAGCCAGCAAGCAAUUGGGUGUGUUUCUGCACAGCAGGCUCAGCAUUCACAAUGAGGACAAUAACAACAUCCUCCUGACAUUUGCAGCAUACACGAAGUGGGUCUGUCGAGGCUCAAGUAAUAGCCAUGGAUACAAGCGACAGUAAGGAUGUGAAGCUCUCGGCUGAGGUUGAGCCCUUCAUCCCUCAGAAGAAAGGCCCGGAAGCUGCCCUGGUUGCCAUGAGCCUGUCUGGCGAGGGUGGUGGGGGCAGCAGUAGCGGUGGGGUGGAGCCCACGGCCAUCCCCAGCUAUCUCAUCACCUGCUACCCCUUCGUCCAGGAGAACCAGCCCAACCGGCAACUCCCCCUGUAUAAUGGAGAUAUGAGAUGGCAACAGCCCAACCCCAGCCCUGGAGGCCCCUACCUGGCCUAUCCAAUCCUGUCGUCCCCCCAGCCUCCCGUGUCCAGCGACUACGCCUACUACCAGAUCAUGCCAGCCCCCUGUGCCCCCAUGAUGGGCUUCUACCAGCCCUUCCCCUCUCCUUACGGCGCACCUGUGCCGGCGGGUGUGGUCAACGCCGUAUCGGCUGACUGCAGCGAUCGGGCGCUGGCUCCGGGCCAGGCCUUUGGCGUGUCUAACCAGAGGGGAAGGGGUAUUGUCCGCACCGCCGUGCUACCAAAACAACUCUCGCAACCAAUGAGAAGCAAGAGACCCCCAAUGAGGAGUGUGGCUGUGCAGAAGGAGGUCAGCGCCUCCGGGCCUGACGGCAGGGCAAAGACGGUCCUUCUGGUUGACGCAGCCCAGCAGACCGAUUUCCCGGGGGAGAUCUCGGGCAGGUCCCUGUCGGAGAGGGCCAGCCCGCUGCUGUGGAAGAACAAGGCGCGGAGGAGGCGGGCGUCGCAGCCCGCGGGCGAGUCGUCCAGCGAGCACGGCGCCAGCGAGGCGGACAUCGACAGCGACAGCGGCUACUGCAGCCCCAAGCACAACCAGGCGGCCGGAGCGGCCCCGCGGACCAAUGAGCACGCGGCCCCCGCGGGAGUUGAAGCUGGAGUGAUGACGGCUGUGAGCUGGGUAAACGUGGCGUCCCAGGCCACUCAGAAGCCCUGGGUGGACAGAACCUCAGUGUACUACAGAGGAGGGAAAGCACCCGACCAAAGAAAUGGCCCUCAGAUGGACUUCCAGGCGGGGUACCAUGGGCGUGGCUGCGGCAGCUCGUCGGAAAGAGGGUGCGGCCUCCCGAAGAGGCUGCAGGAGGGAACUGUGCAGGCGGCCCCCCCGCUGCCGGGGGCCGAGCUCAACACGGAGCCUCUCUAUUUUGAGGAUGAAGAUGAGUUUCCUGAGCUGGUUUCUGGGGGAGCCGCUCCCCGGAGUAAGCCGGAACAGGCGCAGCCCAAGAUCCCUAAAAACCUGCUGGAGAACCUGCCGGAAAACUCCCCCAUCAGCAUCGUGCAGACGCCCAUCCCCAUCACCACGUCCGUCCCCAAGAGGGCCAAGAGCCAGAGGAAGAAGGCGCUGGCAGCCGCCCUGGCCACGGCACAGGAGUACUCCGAGAUCAGCAUGGAGCAGAAGAAACUUCAGGAGGCGCUGACUAAAGCAGCAGGGAAGAAGAGUAAGACCCCGGUGCAGCUGGACCUGGGGGACAUGCUGGCGGCCCUGGAGAAGCAACAGCAGGCCAUGAAGGCUCGACAGCUCACCAACACCAAGCCCCUCUCCUACACAGUCGGCACGACCACCCCGUUCCACAGCAAGGACUCGAGCAGCAAGGCGCCCGGGCUGAAGGGCCAGCCCUACGCUGGGCCCCACAACAUCCUGGACUCCAGCGCUCCCCGCAUGAAGAGGGGCAAGGAGAGGGAGGUCCCCAAAGUGAAGAGGCCCACUGCGCUGAAAAAGAUCAUUCUGAAAGAGAGAGAGGUGAAGAAGGGAAAGUUCUCUCUGGACCAGGGCGUGGCUGGACCGGAGGACCAGGCCGGCGAGGAGCUCCACUUCACGGAUGAGCUGCCCCGAGAGGGCGUGUCCCAAGAGGACAACAGUCUGAGCAUGCCCAGUGACGCCUCGCUGUCGCCGGCCAGUCAGAACUCCCCGUACAGCAUCACGCCCGUGUCCCAGGGCUCGCCCGCCAGCUCGGGCAUCGGGAGCCCCAUGGCCACCUCCGCCAUCACCAAGAUCCACAGCCGGAGGUUCCGAGAGUACUGUAACCAGGUGCUGAAUAAGGAGAUUGACGAGAGCGUGACGCUGCUGCUGCAGGAGCUGGUGCGCUUUCAGGAGCGCAUUUACCAGAAGGACCCCUCCAAGGCCAAGUCCAAGCGCAGGCUGGUCAUGGGCCUGCGUGAGGUCACCAAGCACAUGAAGCUCCUCAAGAUCAAGUGUGUCAUCAUAUCUCCCAACUGUGAGAAGAUCCAGUCCAAAGGUGGUCUGGACGAAGCCCUGUACAACGUUAUCGCUAUGGCCCGAGAGCAGGAGAUCCCCUUUGUUUUUGCGCUAGGCCGGAAAGCUUUGGGCCGCUGUGUCAACAAACUGGUCCCCGUCAGCGUCGUGGGCAUCUUCAACUUCUCUGGAGCUGAGGGGCUGUUCAAUAGGCUUGUGUCUCUGACUGAGGAGGCCAGGAAGGCCUACAAGGACAUGGUGUCUGCCCUGGAGCACGAGCAGGCCGAGGAGGCCCUGAAGAACGUGAAGAAGGUCACGCACCACAUGGGCCACUCGCGGAACCCCUCGGCCGCCAGCGCCAUCUCCUUCUGCAGCGUCAUCUCCGAGCCCAUCUCCGAGGUCAACGAGAAGGAGUACGAAACCAACUGGAGGAACAUGGUGGAGAUGCCAGAUGGCCUGGAGGCAGCGGAGAGUGACGGGGGGCCGUGCAGCAGGGCAGCGGCCAAAGAGAGCAUGGCGGGGCCCCAAAAGGAAGACGAUGGUCCGCCUGGCCCUGUGCAGACGGCCCCCAUUCUGACCCUGACCCCCGCCCCGACCUCCACGGCCCUCCAGCACGGGAAAGCCGGGGCCCCGCCCGAGAAGGAGGAGGGCAAGACAGACGACCGGCUGGAGUGGGCGUCCCAGCAGAGCACGGAGACGGGCUCCCUGGACGGGAGCUGCCGAGACCUCCUCAACUCCUCCAUCACCAGCACCACCAGCACGCUGGUGCCAGGCAUGCUGGAGGAGGGCGAGGAGGAUGAGGAAGACGAAGACGAGGAGGAGGACUACACCCCGGGGCCCAUCUCGGUGGACGUGCCCCUCAGCAGCCGGAUCGACUCCUGGGUCUCGGAGACGCUGGAGAACCUCCAGCUGGGCAAGAGUCAGGACAGCACGGAGGAAGAGGAGGAGGAAGAGGCUGGCGGACACAGCGACGAGGAAGGGUUGGAAUCUGCCGAGCUGGCUGAUCCCGGGCUGGAACGCAGCGACCAACCAUUGGAGCCCAAGAGCAUCCCUUGUUGACGGGCGAACCCUCCCAGCCCCUACCGACCAACCAGCGGCUCACCCUCCUGAGGAGGUGUCUAACUCUGCUGUGACAGGAGCUGUGUUAUCUCAGGAAUCCUGCAGACACCAACCAACAGACUAACCAACCAACCUACCAACCAACCAGCUCACCAACCAACCCACCAAUUCUCUUCAUUCUUUUGUUUGUAAAAGUCAUUUUUAUAACGCCAUUGUCACGGGAAAACUGUUCUGUUCGACCCCUUUUGCACCCCCACAGAAACCUUUCCUAAAUGCUUUUGAAUGACAGCUGUGGGAAUGAGUAAUUUUUCAAAGUUCUAAAUUGCUCAAAUGAGUGAGAGGUCGUGCCCACUUAAUUCGCCGAGUGUCUCAAUACGCCACUCUCAUCCCAACAUUCCAUUCUGUCAACCCUCUGGCUGCACAAUUCUGCCCACCGCUUCGCAUAUCUGCCAGGAACAAUGGGGUUUGGCAGGAGGGAAACUUUCAAAAGGAGAUUCCCCCCCCUUUCAUUGGUUUAGAAAUGAGCUCCGCCCUCCCCCCUUACCUCCAGUCUGUAGCUGAUAAAAGCUGUGCCCUUUAAUCACGAUACUGUUGAGCGAUCAUAACUCUACUUACAAAGUAAUUUAUUUAUAUGGGUCUUCCAGGAGGUAACACCCUACUUUUUCCCUUGGAGGAAAAUGUAUUGAUGAAAUGAAAAUUAAUCUAGGAAUUUGGAAACUUGGCAACCAGAAGUGAGAAAGAUAAUAAUUCUUAAAACGCCAAAAUUGAUUGUUCCCUAUAGAUUUUAAAAAAAAAACGUAGGUCUUAACUUUCUGGGUGACCCUAAUUCAUUAAGUACUGUUUUUUUUUUUUUUUCUUUCUUUCGGAUAUUGAUUCAAAUUCAGGGCAUAGACUAAAUCAGUGUUUGAGCUGUAUAUUUCAUUGAUCUCUGGAAAUAUAUAGUAAACCUAAGUUGUAAGUAAUUAGAAGCCAGCCACAUCUUAAGAAAAAUAUUCUCUUUUUGGUGUUUCUCAAAUCUGUUUUUCUUUUGUUUCAGAGCAGCAUUUUAUUUUAUUCAACUGAAAAUAAAUUUAAAAUGAUAUUGCAGGACUCGAGCAAGCAGGGCCUGUAGAACAAAUCUGGAUGUACAUACUAUGUGUAGGUUACUCUGAUAACCUGUACUCUGUAAUAUUUGCCCUGCUAUUCUUAAACAGAUUAGGUUGUCUGUUUUUAAGUUGUUGCUACUUGCUUCUUUUUACAAUUUUGAGUUUUGUUUUGUUUAUUAAUAUUUUUUUUAUCUGGUGCGCAUACUUGACUUUGUGCCAGGAAUAGACUAUUUAAACUUUAAGUUGUGUAGCUUCUCUUCAGUUCACGUUUACUGCUCCUGUAAUUCCUGUAAUGAGAAAUCGUUUGUCCCUGCUUUCGGGGGAUAUUGUCAGAAAGACAAUGAAGCAUCUCGGCUUUCAGCUUGUGCUUUUCAGGUUGCAGUCAUUUCAUUUCAGGUUGUCUGGAGACGAGAGUGCCAGAGCGCGCUGAGGGCUUGCGUUAGCGUACGGUAACGGGAGCGUUGUCUGGAAAGGUCUAUAGAACGGACCAGAUGGAACGGCAUACAAGUCAUCAGGCACUUUGACUCUGCUGCAGCUCUGUAAACACCCUGCUUACCAGGAACUGACACACCAUCUGUACUGGGACCUACUUCCUAUUUCAAUACUUAUUUUGGUUCCGUAAAAAAAAAUGCUUUAAUUAAUUUAAUUUAUUGUAUCCUUUUUUUUUCUUCUUAUGAUGUUGUAACUGUUUGUAUUCUAGCAAGUUUGAUUGAUAACCUUUAACAGGUGGUGACAAAUGAAGCUGGGGCCUCAUAGGGUCUCCAACCAGGCUCUUAUUGGCUGAGAGCUGUGAGCAUGAAGACAUGGCCCUGCCUCCCAGCCAGGGGGAAGUCUGCGUGCAACCAAUAUCAUUAAAAGCGAAGAAAAUGUAAACGACAAAAAAAAAAAAAAAUUAAGAAUUUGUAUGUUUUAUUAACUUGUCUUACAUGUUGAAGUGUAUUAUGAAACUAAUCACAAUGUGUUUUCACCCCUGAUGCUUUAAUAUACAAGUUUUACAAAUGAAACGAACAUGCGUGUUGAGCUGUGUAACGCGAAUCACAAUUUACAUGCGCUUCGGAAGAAAAAAUAACAGGAUUGUGUGCAGACAUUUUCCUGAGCUUAACACGCAUGGGAAUGUGUGUGGUUGCCACGGGAGCAGUUGAAUGUUAAGACGUAAACGUGUUGGUGCUAAAUGAAGGUCUCCUUUGUUGGAUCAAUGGUACUGUGUCUUUUCAGGAUUUAUGUCAUCUAUUACUCCAUUUUGUUUAUACCAUGUGUAUCGAGUAAUAACAGCAAAUGCGUCCUUUGCACUAUGUAAAUACUAGUGAACUUCCUAUUGUAACUAAUGUGAAAGAAAUGGUUGUAUGCGAUACCCUUUUCAACGUAUUGCUUGUGUUUAUAUUACUAUUUAUGGCUGGUUCUUUAAAACUGUACAGCACUGGCAACUUGUAGAUGCUUCCCGUAAAAUAACUGUUAUCCAAUUUGGCUAUCUCGAUUGAUUAUUAAUAUUAAUAUUAUUAAAAUAUGUUGUUUAAGUUAA